GACCUGCAGCAGCUGGCGGAGCUGAAGCCGCUGUGCGAGUGCCAGAGCUUCGGGCUGGCCGACAGCCCCACGGUGUGCUGCAACCCCUACCACUUCAGCCGGCUCUGUGGGCCAGAGUCGCCACCGCCUCCUUAUUCUCGGCUGUCUCCUCAUGACGAGCAAAAGCCACUGGAUCUAUCAGAUUCCACGUUGUCUUACACUGAAACAGAGGCUACUAACUCACCAAACAUCACCCCUGGAGAAUUCUCAGAUGCCAGUAUGUCCCCAGAUGCCAUUAAGCAGAGCCACUGGUGUAAUGUUGCCUACUGGGAACAUCGGACUCGCGUGGGACGCCUCUACACAGUGUAUGAACAGUCUGUCAGUAUAUUUUAUGACCUACCUCAAGGAAAUGGCUUCUGUCUCGGACAGCUAACCCUGGAAAAUAGGAGUGAAACUGUUAGAAGGACUCGGAGCAAAAUCGGCUAUGGGAUUUUACUUAGCAAAGAGCCAGACGGGGUAUGGGCCUACAAUCGCAGUGAGCACCCUAUCUUUGUCAACUCCCCCACUCUGGACAUCCCCAAUUGUAGGACUUUAAUAGUGCGCAAAGUGAUGCCUGGCUAUUCGAUCAAGGUGUUUGAUUACGAGAAGUCUUGCCUCUUACAACACGCCACGGAUCUGGAUUAUGCAGAUGGGCCCUACGACCCAAACAGCGUUCGGAUAAGCUUUGCGAAAGGAUGGGGGCCGUGUUAUUCCAGACAGUUCAUCACGUCCUGUCCUUGCUGGUUGGAGAUAUUACUCAGCAACAGUAGAUAACAAUCAACCUCUGCCGAAAGAAAGGAAAGAGAGAGAGAGAAACAGACUAUCCCAAAUAUCAUCUACCUAGAUUUAAUAUAAAGUUUUAUAUAUUAUAUGAAAAUAUAUAUUAUACUUGUAAUUAUGGAGUCAUUUUUACAAUGUAAUUAUUUAUGUAUGGUGCAAUGUGUAUAUGGACAAAAAAAGGAAAAUGCACUUUGGCUUAUAUAAUUCUUACAAUACAGAUUUUAAAAAAUUAUACAGCAAAAAUAGGAGAAAGCCCUUAAUUUUGAUGUAUGGUUUUUGGAAAUAUUAUUAAUACCAGACAAAAAGCUAAUACCAGUCACUCAUUGAUAAUAAAGUAUUCGCAUUAGA